CUUCUUAAUUUUUUCACAAGUUUUGACACUAAGAUCGGCAAAUUUUAAAAACGUACUGGAGCAGUCUCAUGUAAAAAGAGGUGCUAAAGGUGGUUGCACUUUCACGUUAAUGUCCUUUUUCGUCUAUAUAUUUAGAUUAGAUUGUCAGAUCCGCUGUCAAACGCCGAAUAAUAAGCCGCUGUAACGUAGCCGUAUUAAAGUUGAUAAUGGUUUUGCGCUAUGCUUUUAUCAUUCUGUGGCCCCAUAUCUGUACAAUUUGGUGUCUUCCUGCUGCAUGGCCACACAACACCGUUCCGUUUGAAUUUAGCAUCUUCUUUGAUCAGUCCCAGAAGGAACAUAUACUGGCUUACAUGGAGAUCAUCUCGCGGGCUUCCGAAGGUUGCGUGAAAUUUGUGAAGCGGACAACGCAAAAGGACUUCAUUUUCUUAAAACCGGCUUCGCCUGACAGUUGGUUAAGGUGGACGGUAGGACGCCAAGGCGGGCAGCAGGACGUAGGGUUCGAAAAUGAUUGUCUGUGGAAGCCAGCGUGUGUGCAGCGUGAACUCAUGCAUGUAUUAGGAUUUUACAACGAGCCCCAGAGGUUUGAUCGCGAUUAUUACGUCAUGAUUAACCCUGGCAAUAUCGUAGCGACUAAACAAGAUCAAUUUCGCCGUGUCCCGCCCGACGAAAUGGAAACGUAUGGCCUGUCAUAUGAUUAUCACUCGGUUAUGCAACUUGCAUCCACUGAUUAUGCGAUAAAUCCGUUUGCGCCAACGAUUUAUAUUACCGUAUCCGGCACAAAGCUUUCUCCAAAUGAUCAACUGAGCUCGCUGGAUGCGGUCCGACUGCAAAGGCGGUGUGUCGCUGGAUCCGCUUCCUCAUCGUCCAUUUCGCCAGGUUCACCAUCUAUAUCGUCAACGACAACGUCCAGUGCUGUAGACACAACUUCUACAACUGGAUCGUUUCCAAAGAUUGCUCAAAUCGUCUCUAUUGAAACGUCCACAGGAAACUCCACCAAUCACACAGCAACAGCGCUUGCACUGACGUCAUCGCGCAAUACUAUCAUCGUGCGUGCCUGUUUAGGAGCCAUAAUUCCGGCCGCAGCCAUCGCCGUUGUCAUCUGUCUGGUGGUUAUCUACCGUAAACGCCGCCUUAGUCAGAACAGCAUGCGUAAAAUCUUUACCAUCACCAUCAGACGUCGCAAAUCCGCAGUUUCACCCAUCAUUCCUCUUCAUGAUUUAUCGGCUGUGCAGUGCGAUAUACUGCAGUUGGACCCGGUUGUUUUGCAGCACAUUGAAUUGCUCGAAAUACCGCUCGCAAAUUUGGAAAUCAGUAAGAGUAGUUACGCUGAUGCCGUGUUUGUAAAAGCAGCGUUGGAAAAAGCUUAUACAUUAUUAGUAUACGAUAAAUCAGACUGUUUCCCGUUGCUUUGUGUAGCAGAGAAAAUUUUGGGCAAAGGUGCGAACGGCAUUGUCAGAAAGGGUGUGGCCAAAUGUCUUCAUGGUCAGCCUGAUGUAACGGAAGUUGCUAUGAAAACCGCCAAAAACAGAAGCGAUAGCGGCCAGUUCCGGCAAUUAGUCCAGGAAUUGCGGAUUAUGGCGGAUGCCGGACGUCAUUUGAACAUUGUUAACCUGCUCGGAGUGGUGAUGAAAGGCGAGAUGAUGUUGCUAAUGGAGUACGCCAGAUUUGGUUCGUUGCUAACGUAUCUCAGAGCACAGGACCGUGCGUAUUAUUACAACCAUACCGCUUCGGAUGGACGCCUCCUUCCUUAUAGCGACGAAGAAGCGGGACGUCUGCAGAAGACGGCAGAGGCCCAGUGCCAGUCGCGAUCGGAAGAUACCCAAAAGCAGAUUCUAUCGACAAACGCAUUGCUAAAACUGGCAUACCAAAGCAGUCGUGGAUUGGAGUACCUCAGCAGUCGUUCCAUAAUACAUAGAGAUGUAGCAGCCCGCAACGUUUUGAUUUGCGAUGGACUGGUGGCAAAGAUUGCCGAUUUCGGAUUAGCCAAGCAUGAAAAGCAAGAUGGUCCACGUGAUCUGCAAGAAGUGUUGCCGGUGCGCUGGAUGUCGCCAGAAGCCAUUGGGGAACGGACAUUUUCUACCAAAUCGGACGUAUGGUCGUUUGGCGUUUUGCUAUGGGAGAUGUUCACUUUGGGUGAAGUUCCGUAUGCGGAUGUGGAAAUAAUACGGAAACACAUUCCCGAGUUUUUGCUAUCCUUGAGGACUGGAUUACGGUUAAAGCAAUCGGUAUUCUGUCCUACACUUAUUUACGCCUUGAUGACGGACUGCUGGAAGCUGUUGCCGGAUGACCGCACAGAUUUUGUUCGUCUAACCGAAGAUUUGCGCAGUAUUAUUGAUGCGGAUUCAGCCGAGCACUAUCUUCUGCUAGACGAUAUCUACGCCCAGUACAAUGCCACAUACCUUAACCUUCUUUCAAAAACUACGAAAACAAUAAAUAGACAUGAUGUUGUUGCCAAUCGGAAAGACGGCGGCCCCGACCCCAAGCGCGGGAUAACUUUAUAGCUGACCUUUAAGCCAGUUGCAUUCCAUUGCCUCAUUCGCACAAACCUGCCUGGUCGAACAGACGCCUGUUUUCUGAGUUUUCUUUGUGUGUCAUUUCUUGUGCUGAAUAGUGGUCUCACUGCAAAAGCGAUAUCAGCGAAUCAAAAUCACAGAAGCGGAAGCUAAUCAGUUUGCCAAAUUAGAGCGGGAAAAAGUAAGGUUUUCUAAUUGUUUUGUCGGUUUCGACGGGUUGGCAGUGUGAAUGCCUGCUCUCACCAGCUUGCCGCGAGCGUAUGACUGUAGGUUUCUCGAAAGCUGGCCAUGCUGUCUGUGAAUCUGACUUUGGUUUUUAUGCGUUCUUUCUCGUGCACAAGACAAUCCAAACGCUGACAAACUGAGCUUAUGAUCCGGUGUGUGUUCUGUGAUUCUGGCAGAUAUGCAAUCAGCCGCAGAGGCACUGCCACACGCCUGUGUCCGAUAAAACAACUAUCAAAAACAGCUAGAUGUACGGAUGGAGACACCAUCUUCAACUAAAAAAUCAUGUUCCUUGAGACACCGAAAAUUUCGACAACAUCUUUCGUCUAAGAAAAAUGAAGAUGAACAACCUAACCUGGCAACCGUGCCGAAAGAGCUGACGCCACGCCUUCCAAUGGAGAAAUUCACAGUCAUUGUAGGAGGGACACUCACGUACAGAUUAGCGGCUGCCACACUCGGACGGAAGGGGCUGAUUUCAUUCGAGGAUUCCAUAAGUCAGAGUGGUCACCUUCGACGAGAAUGACAUUAGCGCCAUCGAUGUUACCGCUUUCGAGACGGGCCUCUGGGCUCUGUCGCCCCGGUUGAUUAACCUUAGGAGAAACCUGAUUGGCCGUUAAGAUUGGGAGGUGUUUGCACCGUUUGCAGAGUCUUUGAAAUCAAUUUGGCUUUCAUUUUUAGGCCCUCUCACUGUACACCUUAAAGUGCUCUGUAAGUUAAAGCGCGAUUUCGGUUUAAACAAAGCAGCCUGUAAGGAAAUCUCUGGGUUGCUUUA